GAGUCUACGGAGCAAUGCGCGGCCACGUCCACCACUUGAAUCUAUUAGUGCUAAGUGCCGGCCUGUUGGUCCUGCUGGCGAAAUCGGGGACCACGGCCACGGAGCAGGCCGCACCCCAGGCGAAUCCGGAUGUGGAUGUACAGCAACUGACUCUGGCGGAUGUAAAUCAGGCAACGGAGCAGCAGGAGAUGCCGGCUGUGCGCCUGGCCAGGCAAUUUUACGGCGGCCGUAGAGGCUUUGGCGGCGGCGGAUUCGGCAGAGGAGGCUUCGGCAGAGGCAGGGGCGGAUUCUGCUGUGGCGGCGGCUAUGGAGGAUUCCGGCGACCCGGUUUCGGUGGUGGCUUCGGUCGAUUCUACCCGCCACCACCGCCGCCGCCCUUCUUUGGCGGCCCCUUCUAUGGCUAAGUGUUAUUCAUUUAAUGUGCAUAUGUGAUACGAUCAGACCUGGAUUAGCUGCGAAUAAAUCAACACGAGCUGCUGCUCUAAUUACCCCACCAA